GCUGCGGUGGCCACGAUGUGCCAGCGGGGGAGGGCCCGGAGGCGGAGACUGGUCCGCCACUAGGGCGCUGUCACCUGCCCAGAGGCGGAGCCAGGAAAGAAACCAGCCUUUGACGGAUCUCAGACUCAGGAGUCCAGAGAACCCUUCUUGACCAUGCAGAGCGCCAAAGGAAUUGAGAACCCGGCUUUCGUCCCUUCCAGCCCGGACACCCCACGCCGUGCGUCUGCUUCUCCCUCCCAGGUGGAGGUCUCUGCUGUGACCUCCAAGAACCAGAAUGGGGAUUCUCAGCCUCGGGAUUCUGAGGAGCCCCAGAAGUCAACUGAGCCAUCUCUGCCUUCUUCAACUCCUCCGGCUUCGGAUGAGCCGCCAGGGUCACAGCUUUGUGAGCUAGAGGAGGGAGCUUGCGGGUGGAGGAACUUCCAUCCCGGGUGUCUCCAGCUCUGCAAUACGCCCCAAGGCUUUCUGCUUCACUACUGCCUCUUGGCCCUCACGCAAGGUAUUGUUGUAAAUGGCCUAGUAAACAUUAGCAUUUCCACCAUCGAAAAGCGUUAUGAGAUGAAGAGCUCACUGACUGGCUUGAUAUCAUCCAGCUACGACAUCGCCUUCUGCAUGCUGUCUUUAUUUGUGUCGUUCUUUGGUGAGAGAGGACACAAACCUCGCUGGCUUGCGUUUGCAUCUUUCAUGAUAGGAUUGGGAGCUCUGGUCUUUUCCCUGCCACACUUUUUCAGUGGAAAAUAUGAACUGGGAUCAGUUUUUGAAGAUACUUGCUUAACAGAAGGGAAUGGCACCAGAUGUGCGCCUUCAACCUCUUUGCUGUCUAACUACUUGUAUGUCUUUGUCCUGGGACAACUGUUGCUUGGGACUGGAGGAACUCCACUCUACACCCUGGGAACAGCCUUUAUUGAUGACUCUGUGCCCACACACAAAUCUUCUCUCUAUAUAGGAAUUGGAUACUCUAUGUCAAUCUUAGGCCCUGCCAUUGGCUAUGUGUUGGGUGGAAAGCUGUUGACAAUGUACAUUGAUGUUGAAAUGGGACAAAGUUCUGAUGUCACUGAGGAUGAUCCACGGUGGUUGGGUGCUUGGUGGAUUGGAUUUCUUUUAGCUUGGAUCUUUGCUUGGUCUUUGAUAAUUCCUUUCUCCUGUUUUCCAAAACAUUUACCAGGAACAGCAAAAAUUCAAGCUGGCAAAAUUUCCCAGACUCAUCAGAAUAGUAGUACUUCCUUUCAACAUACAGAUGAAAAUUUUGGAAAAAGUAUUAAGGAUUUUCCAACUGCUGUGAAGAAUUUGCUGAGGAAUUCUGUCUUUAUAUGUUUAGUUUUAUCGACUACUUCUGAAGCACUAGUUACUACGGGAUUUGCCACGUUUUUACCCAAAUUUAUAGAAAAUCAAUUUGGAAUAACAUCCAGCUUUGCAGCAAUCCUUGGAGGAGCUGUUUUAAUCCCUGGAGCUGCUCUUGGUCAAAUCAUAGGUGGUGUUCUUGUUUCAAAGUUCAAAAUGAAGUGUAAAAAUACGAUGAAGUUUGCGUUGUUUACAUCUGGAGUAGCACUUGUGCUGAGUUUUGUAUUUAUUUAUGCAAAAUGUGAAAAUGAGCCAUUUGCUGGUGUUUCUGAAUCAUAUAAUGGAACAGGAGAACUGGGGAAUUUGACUGCUCCUUGUAAUGCCAAUUGCAACUGUUUGCGGUCCUACUAUUACCCCCUCUGCGGAAGUGAUGGGAUCCAGUACUUUUCUCCCUGCUUUGCAGGCUGUUUAGCCUCUGUUUCAAACAGGAAACCAAAGGUAUAUUACAAUUGUUCCUGUAUUGAAAGGAAAGUAGAGAUCACAUCUACUGCAGAAAGUACUGAUUUUGAAGCUAAAGCUGGGAAAUGUAAAACUCGGUGUACAAACUUGCCCAUAUUUCUUGGCAUUUUCUUCAUUACUGUUGUCUUUACGUUUAUGGCAGGUACUCCGAUAACUGUGUCUAUAUUAAGGUGUGUCAAUCACAGACAGCGGUCUCUGGCAUUAGGGGUACAGUUCAUGCUAAUGCGGUUGUUGGGCACAAUACCUGGACCAAUUAUAUUUGGUGUCACAAUAGACAGCACGUGUGUUCUGUGGGAUGUCAAUGAAUGUGGAAUAAAAGGAGCUUGCUGGAUUUAUGAUAACAUCAGAAUGGCCCAUAUGCUGGUAGCCAUAAGUGUUACUUGUAAAAUUAUCACCAUAUUCUUCAACGGACUUGCAAUCAUCCUCUAUAAGCCACCACCACCAGGCACAGAGGUGUCAUUUCAGAGUCAGAAUGUAGUUGUGUCUACUAUUUCGAUGGAAGAGGAUUUCAACAAAGCAGAAAAUGAAGAAUGAAAAAGGAAAAGAAGAGGAUGUAAGAACACACCGUGCCAAGGCACCAUUGUCUAGUCCAUGUAGACCAUCACUUAAAAACCCAUGUUCCACAAUUGAGGGUGUUUGUUGUCUAUGUACAGAUUCCUAUUUUUUAUAUAAUGCAGACAAACAAACAAAACAAAGAACACAGGCCUGUGCCUUUAAAGUUCACCAAAAGCCACAAAACACACAGAUUCUUAUUUGCUCCCAUUUUCUAACUGUGAAGUCACUAAGGAGUAACAAGAAUAGUGACCAACACCAAGUAAUUGAAAGUUUACACUAAAAAUAUGUGCAUAAACUCAAAUUAAAACAUCAGUUUUUGUUUGUUUUGCUUUUUGUAAGACAGGGCUUCCCAUAUCCCCAGCUGCCUAGGAACCCAGGUAGCCAAGGAUGACCUUUGAUCCCUGAUCCUCCUCUUGGCACUACAUCUCAAGUAUUGGGGUCACAAGUGUAUGUCACCACCACUGGCUCAUGCUGAUGUGUUUUUAAAUUCUUUCUGUAACUAGUUACAUUCUAAUUUUCAUUGUCAAUAGUUUGAAUUUGAGAAUUUUACAACAACAACAACAAAAAUUUAAGCUAAUCAAAUUUAUGUGAUGAUUUUUGGAACUGGUUAUUUAAAACUCAUGAAAUUCAAGGCAGCUUUACAAUGUAAUUUGUUUUAUAACUCCCUUUCUGUCAUUGAUUUCCAUAGUAAGUCACUGAACUGGUAGAAUGUAGGAUAGUUAUCUUCUCUGUGUUCGGUGCCCUACCACCUCAGAAAUAGCAGCAUUGACUACACAUAUUUUCAAUUCAGAAUAAGAUUUCUAGGAGGUGAUUCAUUAAUACUGUUGAAUUUUAGCACUAAAACCUAUGAUUCUGUGAUAGUAUUAUUUAAUUACAUAUUUUCAGAGGAACGGAACAGCCCCGGUAAUAAAAACAUGGCAAGCAAUCAAAAUGCCUUAUGUAUCAUAAAACGUGUAUGUAUUGAAUACUUCAAAUUUUAGUUUCCAAAUUAAUCACUUAGCACAUUAUUUAUAGUAACCAAAACAGAGUUGCAUUUAACAGACAUCAGAUGUUGUUAUUUAGUUAAAGUUUAAAUUUGAUAAUGUAUUUACUGGAAGCACAAGUAUUUUAUAUGCCUGACAUCAUAGGAACAAAAUCCCAUCUGUGUGGGUUCCUGACAGAUUUAUAUAAAAUACUGAGGAGAUUGGUCCUUUAGCAUCAGGAAAAAUAAGUUAUUCUUGUGAAUACUAUUUCUAAUUUAAAAAAGUAUUGAAGGGCUAAGCAUGUAGCUGAGUGCAAGGUCUGAAUUUGAUACUUGGUGCUUAAAAGAUCCACUCAAAACUAAGGGUGAUAAUAUUUGAAUUGUUUUUGCAAAUUAAAGCUUUUGUUUAAUAAGAUUUGGUAUCAGGUUCCCAACCAGCCAGCCAGCCACUCCCCUUUAGUUCCCCAUAAGUUUCAUGUAUUGGGUUCCCCAUCAGGACAGCACAAGUCUGGAGAAAAGAAAAGACCUGGAAGAAAGUCAGAGUCAGAAGCACUAGAAAUCACAAAAUUUAUGUUGCUGUGUCUGGAGUAAUCUGUGUGUGGUCAAGGACUUCAGAACCUAAUAUCACUUAUAAGCUUACAUUCAAGAAAGAGGGAGGAGGCAGGAGUUAAACUUGCAAGCACCUUGAAUAUUAAGUGAAAGGUGCAAUCUCAGGAAACAGAGGUCUAGACCUACUUAACUCAGGAACAUUUACAAACCAAAAACCAACUUAAAAGAUACAGCCCAAAUCCAGGAAUUUGGGAAGCAGACAAGUUCCAUCCACUAAAGGGACAUCACAAGACAGAGAAAUAUACAUGAUACCUCAGGUGAACAUAUUCAUCCCCAUCUUCCAGGCACAUUUUAAAUGCUGCCUCCACUGUGGCCAAGGGCAAUAGACAUUCUACAUCCCUGUGUGUGGAAGCAUGGAAUCCAGUGGGAAACCAUAACUUAAUGGCAUUCUUGAGAAGUUCAGUGGAAGAAACAUGAAAUAAGAACAAGGAAGAAAACAGACUAUAUACAUACAGAUGAGUGUCCUGCCACUUAGGGAGAAGGAAAAAAUUUCCUAAACAUAGAAACAGUCUGACAAACAGGUCAAUAGACAGUUGUCAUCCAUAAUGAAGUGUUCAUCAAACUGACGUUGUCUAGCAUACUCAGUUUUGAAGUAUUCCUUUUAUAUUUUUUAAUAAACUUGCAAAUGAAAAUGGUUAAAGGGAACCAAUAAUUUUGGCACUUGCACAUUUAGAUUUAGAAAGGAUACCUCCAUUUGUGAGGAGGUAAAUACACUACUGUAAUCUUCAUUGUUUCUACUUGUAAAUUCAUACAGAUGAUAUGUGUCAGUAUGCUGCUUUUAGAAUACAUUUCCAUAAUGUAUAUUUGCCAUAGCUUAUAAUUAUUUUAAAAUAACUGGCAGGUGGAUCUGCUGUAAUUUUGUACAUAUCUGAACAUGUCUUAAAAUUUGUAAUAUUUUAAUUUUCUUAACUGCAUAGAAAUAUAAAAUUCAUACACAUGAGAAAAUGGUAUAUAUUUGACUCUGCUAUGUAAAUUGAAGGAAGAUAUAAAUAAAACAGAGACCUAUUUUCUUUGUUGCAAACAACUCUGUAAAUAAUUACAUGUAACGUAUUAAAUCAUACUUUGUAUUA